CUGAGCACAGACCUGGACCUGGAGCGGUCCAGGACCUGGGCUAUUGAAUCUGGACCUGGAUCUGGACUAUUGAAUCUGGACCUGGACCUGGACUAUUGAAUCUGGACCUGGACCUGGACCAUUGAAUGUGGACCUGGAUCUGAAUCUGGACCAGCCUGCUCGGUCCAGGACUAGUUGUGGUGCUGGUUUGACAGAUAAGCUCCUUGUUCUGGUCUUGGUUCUGGAUUUGAAGCUCUCUGGGGACCUUGUGCAGGUUCAGGUCUGCAGCAGGACCUGAUGGUUCAGCUGAUGUGCAGGAUUUGAACCCACAACCCAGCGUGCCGUCAUGCACACCAUCCACCGCCUGUGCCGGUUCUGCAUCGGACAGAACCUUCCUCAGGUGAGCGUCGUUCGAGGAAACGACGGCUUUGGCUUCACCAUCUGCUCCGACUGUCCGGUGAGAGUCCAGGCGGUGGACGCUGGCGGUCCGGCCCACCGGUCCGGACUCCUCCAGGGAGACUCCAUCCUGCAGCUCAACGGCGUCCCGGUAGAAACCUGGAAGUGUGCCGACCUCGCCCAUGCCAUCAGGAGCUGUCCGUCUCAGAUUGUCCUGGUGGUCUGGAGAGGACUGCCUGAACCCGGGUCUGACGCUGACGCUUGGCUCCGCCCACUGGAAGACAAACGGGCGACCAGCAGGAAGCUUCUGUCCCACCCAGCUCACAGCAAACAUGGCCGCCGCUGGAGUCCCGGCGGGGGGGCGUGGGCUGGCCUGGGGGGUCUGGGUUCUCUGUGGGGGGACCGCAGGGAGGAGCCGGAGGAGGACCCAGCGGAGCAGGAGGAGGACUUCUCUGCUCAGGCUGCCACUCUGAAAGGGACACGAGUCACGGCGUCCAACGGAGACAACUACCUGAUCCUGUCUCCCGUCCAUCCCGGAGGACAGGUCCUGCCGCCGGUCUAUGGAGGUGGAAAUGGAACCAUCGGUCGCCUGUACCAGACUCACCCCAGCAGGGGGCAGCACCUGGUCCACGACACCCUGCCGACGGCGUCCCGGCGCCCGCUCCCAGGCCGGACCUCCACUCUUCCCACCGCCGCCUCCGUUCCACCUGGGAACCUGAAUAACUACCAGAACUGCACCAUGGUCCAGUCGCACCUGGCCUGCUCCUACGGAACCUACGGGACCUACGGGACCUACGCCCCCCCGGCCCCCAAGACGCUCAUCUUUCCCGUCUUUGUCCAGCCUCUGGAUCUCUGCAGUCCUGACAGAACCCUGCUGAUGUCCGAGGAAAUGGUUUUACACCAGUCUGACCUGCUACCUGCCAAGGUGACGGUGUUGAUCUACAGCGACCUGCUGCUGUUGACCAGAGAGGAGGAGUCUGGACGCUGCAACGUCCUGCAGAGUCCGCUGUAUCUGAACACUCUGCAGCUCCGAGAAGUGCCGUCCCAGCCGCUCCACCUGUACCUGCUGCACGGCUCGGCCUGCGGGUGGCGCUGUCUGCUCAGCCUGGAGGCUUCCAGCUUCCAGCAGAAGGUCCGGGUCAGCCUCUGUCUCCAUGACAACAUCAAGCUCCAGCUGGUCACCAUGGAGAUGGCAUACAGUCCACAGGUUCCUGACCCCCCCUCUGACCUGGGGCCUCCUGCUGUCGGUCAGUCGGACCUCCUCUGUGCGCCUCCUUCUCGAGGCAGCCCGGCUCCGCCCAGCUCCUCCCCUCCCCCUCCCCCUCCCCCUCCCCCUCCCCCCGCCUCCUCGUCCGUCAGGAGUCCAGUGUGGAAGGAGAGAGAGCAGGAGGAGCAGGAGGAGCAGGAGGAGGAGCGGCAGCAGGGGGAGGGGGAGAGCGCCUCAGAGACGUCUGAGAGUUCAGGAAGACUGGGGGGGCGGGGCUUCCCGCUUGGCUCCACCCACUUUUGCAUGAAUGAUGAGGAGAGUGAUGGAGAAGAGCUCAGCGUGAGACCAGCAGUCCUGCGCCGCUCGCUCUCCGAUGGUUCCCUGCUGCAGGAACCUCGCUCGCCCCGGUUCUACUCGGACAGCACCAUCCACCGCCUCACCCGCCCCCCCACCCCGGACCGGGACGCCCUCAACCCGGACCGGGACCCCCCCCGGCUGCCGUCGCUCCACCUUCUGAGGAAGCAGCUGAGCAAAGAGGGCGGAACCCUGCAGCAAAUGCUGCUGCUGCUCAACGGCACCAAGGGUCCAGAGUCCGGAACCCACCAGAUGAGGAAGAAGACCAGGACCCUAGCCGCCGAUGUUCGAACCCGUCUGGCGUUCCUACGGAGACGGAAGUGCGGCGCCAGUUUCCAUGGCAACAGCCUGGAGAAGGCCCUGAGGAACCACAGACCGUCUCCAGACGAGGUUCUGAAGUGGGCCGAGGGUCUGGAGGUCCUGCUGCUGAACCCCUAUGGUGUCGCGGUGUUCCGUCACUUCCUGAGGUCAGAGUUCAGCGAGGAGAAUCUGGACUUCUGGUUGGCCGUGGAGAGAUUCAGGAGGACACGCCCCCUCAGCAAGAUGGCCGCUCUGGGCGAGAAUAUCUACGAGGAGUUCAUCUCCACGACGGCAGCGAGACAGGUCAAUGUGGACUCCUCCGUCAGGGAGUCGACCAAUCAGAGCCUGCGCCGUGGCCUUAGCCCCGCCUCCUUCCAGCUGGCUCAGCAGCAAGUCUUCAGCUUGAUGGAAACCGACAGUUACCCACGAUUCCUCAAGUCCCGCCUCUUCGCCCAGCUGGCCAAUCACCAGGCUCGGCAGGACCGCGGAGCAGCCAAUCAGGAGGGCUGACCCGCCCAGCUGCACCAUGGGAAAUGUAGACUGCUGUAGUUUCUAAUGGAUCUCCAGGAUAACCAGGAUCAGAACCAGGACCAGAGCCAGGUCUGGGGUCCAGAUCCAGUCCAGGCUCGGACCCGGGUCCGUUCAAGUCUAACAGAAACUAGUUUGU